CUGCCUGUAUUCGGGGUGGAGGGAGGGUACACAGCACCCAGGAACUGGCAGCGUCAGGACAAAGGUGGAAGGUCAAAGGGCACGGGUGCUGCAAACAUGACCCGCCUGGCUGCACGGCGCUCUCUGCUCGCGGCUGUCCUCGGUGUCUCCUGGCAGCAGCGACUUCUCGGUCACCAUGUUGUCCCGGCUGCAUGGAGACGCCAGUGUUUCAGUGCCGGAAGCAAAGCAGAAGACAGCGCUCAGGUUACUCCACUCCUAAAGCAUCUCAUGUUCAAAAUAAAGUCAACUGGCCCUAUUACAGUCGCUGAAUAUAUGCGGGAAGUGCUAACUAACCCUGUGAAGGGUUACUAUAUGCACCAUGACAUGCUGGGAGAAAGAGGAGAUUUUGUUACUUCACCUGAAAUAAGUCAAAUCUUUGGGGAGUUAAUAGGAAUAUGGUACGUUAGUGAAUGGAUGGCCACUGGCAAACCUAAAACUCUCCAACUGGUGGAACUAGGCCCAGGUAGAGGCACUCUUACAGAUGAUAUUUUGCGGGUCUUUAACCAGCUUGGCUCUUUACUCAAUAAAUGUGACAUUUCUGUUCAUCUGGUAGAGGUGAGCCCCAAACUAAGUGAGAUCCAAGCGUUGACGCUCACAGGAGGGAAGAUAGAAUCAGAGCUUGAUGUUACUUCCCCUGUCUACAUGAAAGGCAUUAGCAAGGCUGGAAUUCCAAUCUUCUGGUACCGAGAGCUGCAAGAUGUACCACAAGGUACCAGCUUUUAUUUAGCACAUGAAUUUUUUGAUGCCUUGCCAAUACAUAAAUUUCAGAGAACAGAACAAGGAUGGCGUGAAGUGUUGAUUGAUAUAGAUCCAAAAGCUCCUGACCAACUGCGGUUUGUUCUGGCACCAUCUGCCACGCCUGCUACAGAAUACUUCAUCCAGGGUAAAGAAGUAAGAGAUCACGUGGAAGUAUGUCCUGAUGCUGGCAUCCUCAUUCAGAGACUUGCCUGUCGUAUUCAAGAGGAUGGGGGAGCUGCACUGAUUGCUGAUUAUGGUCACACUGGAAAUAAGACUGACACUUUCAGGAGUUUCCGCAGUCAUCAACUUCAUGAUGCAUUAAUAGCUCCAGGUACAGCAGACCUGACAGCAGAUGUUGACUUCAGCUAUCUCCGAACCAUGACACAGGGAAGAGUAGCCACAUUGGGACCUCUAAAGCAACAGGAAUUCUUAAAGAAUAUGGGUAUUGAUGUCCGGCUGCAGGUGCUAUUGCAAAAUUCAAGUGACACAGCAAUGCACAAACACUUGCUUCAAGGCUAUGAUAUGUUAAUGAAUCCUAAGAAAAUGGGAGACCGCUUUCAUUUUUUUGCCCUGCUGCCUCAUCAGAGACUUCCACAUUCUGAUCAGAAAGUGAAUCUACAACACUCAAAAUCUCUUUCCGCACCUGUUGCUGGAUUUGGUGAACUUAUCUGGAAAUAAAGCCAAAGAUUAGAUACUGUAUAAUUGAUGGGAGCCUGCCAGUAACUAUUAAAGUCACAACAAAGAAAAUGAAGUCUUUGCAUUUUAUAGUUUUACAUAUUCAAGAAAAUAAACUUUUCUUGUAAUGGAUCACUUGUCUGUAUGCAACCAGGAUUUAUUUAACCGGGUUAUGCACUGCCUUUGUGCUGAUGUACAAGCACAGGAAAUGUACCAUCAUUCUGGCCUGCUGCUUCCCCAGACAGCUUCUUUGUGCUUCCAUCUUAGGUACGUACCUGUGGUUUCCUUGGAACCUGAGGCAGCAUUAAAGGCCUAAAGAUUUCUCCCCAGAUUCUCAGCGAUUUCCCUGGUUAUACCCCUCUUAACUGUAGCCCUCCAUUACACCACAAACAGGCUGCAGUGAUAAAUCUAUAUGAUGCUUAUCUGUUGUGGGUAACCGAGCUACUGUAAUUAACUAGAAUGACCUGUGUUGUGUAUAAGCUAACAUCAAACUGAACAAAUUUCAGCAGUUCCUAUACAAGAAAGGUAUACACAGUAAAUGAGAGCAAACUGUUUGUUCCAGUGGAUUUUCACUUUUAACACUUUGAUUGUGAAUGACAUACCUGUGAAAUCAGGUUUUACUGUACUUAUUAGUUGACUUACAGCCAUGAUCACAGACUGCAGAGGUGCCCAACAGCCCACCAGAGCAUUUCCUAAGGCCUGGGGUCUGCUUCAACACAAUACUAACAGCCAAUGCAGUGUAAACUAAAAUGAUGUAAACAUAACACUGAUUUCUUGUUUUUAAAUAGGUUGUUUCUAUGUACAGUAUUGUCUAAAUACAUAUGUAACAAGCAGAACUUAAAUAUAAAUCAAUAGAGGUGACUGUAAAUCUUAUUAAAAUAUGUAGAAUCUUUUGACCUACCCAAGGUUGUGUGUAGGUUUACAUGGCUCUCCUGUGUAAUAAAGUUGACCACCACUGA